CGGUCAGCUGCUGGAGCGUGCGCGUCGCGACCGAGGCGAGAGUCGCCCGCAGAAGAUUUUCUCACCUGUACAUAUUUCCUUAUAGAGGGGAACUUCUGCGGGUGGCUCUGCUAAUCCAGCAGAGUCCGUCACCCUCGAGCCGGACGUCUUCCACACUGCUGGGAUUGCUGUCUUCUCCAAGAUGCAGCGGACUUGUCACCCGCUGUUUAUCGUCGAGAGUUCGCCGGCCCGGACCUGCCAGAGGUCCCGUCUGAAGAGGGCCGGGGGCGGCGGGACAGCGAGACCACCAGUGUGGGGGACAUACGGGACGGACCUGGGUUUGACAUACACCCAAGAACAUCGAGGGGGUGGCUUUAAAGAGGGACCCCGGGACAGCGGUACUCAGUACGCUCAACGCACUGGGGAAACUGUCUCGGGGAUGAAGACGACAGCCGGUGACAGCGAGAGGGGCCAUAAAGGCAGAGCUGCUUGCUUGCACUCCUUUGGUGGAGCUGCGUACAGACAAGAAUUUGUCUUUGAAUUGUCAACUACCAGUGCACAUUAAGGUCUCAUUGGCCACCGUGCACUGGUAUAUUUGGAUCUAAAUUAUAUCUUUGGCGAAUACCCGGGAAGCCGGGGUAAAUUUGACCUACUUUGGCUCAAAAUUAAUCUUUUUCCCCUGAAAGGUCACAGGGGCAGGUCGGACCAUAAAGACCUCAUGAAGGGGCCGGUAGGACCUGGAAAUAAACUCUGAUCCAAAAAAAAAAAAAAAAAAUGCAAACAUUCAUCUCUGCAUCGAUUUAGAAAUCAUGCCGACCAAGGGUGUUGCAAGCAAGGGCUCUAAGAAGGCCGCCACUAAGGCUAAGACCGCGCGCUCCACUGACAAGAAGAAGCGCAGGAGGAGGAGGGAAUCCUACGCCAUCUACAUCUACAAAGUCUUGAAGCAGGUGCACCCCGACACCGGAGUGUCCAGCAAGGCCAUGUCGAUCAUGAACAGCUUUGUCAACGACAUCUUCGAGCGCAUUGCUGCCGAGGCUUCCCGUCUUGCCCACUACAACAAGCGAUCCACCAUCACAAGCAGAGAGAUCCAGACCGCUGUGCGUCUCCUGCUGCCUGGUGAGCUCGCCAAGCACGCCGUGUCCGAGGGCACAAAGGCUGUCACCAAGUACACCAGCAGCAAGUAAACAACUUCUGUGGUGCUUCAAAACAAACGGCCCUUUUUAGGGCCACCCAA